GAGACAACUGCCGACUGUCAACGCACGGCUGGAAUCAAGUAAAUAGUUAUAUAAACCAAAAGCUACCAGGGGAAACAUGAACUUUACUUGAAAAUGGCUUAAUUAUCUUUGCGUUAUUUGGAACACGUUUAAAGCUCGGGCUGGAUAUAUUUGCAAGGGAAAAAACAACUCCACAAUAUGAACUUCGGUCUCCGGUAAAGGAACCAAGCAAAAUACCAACUUCUAUCUAGAACGUCUUGGGUAUUAUUUUCCUAAUCUUGUGUUCAUAUAGUAGUACGUUUAUCACUUGAUAUUAAUUUGUAGUAGCCCUAUUCUUUUGGCGCUCGAGCUUCUUGUGCCUGUUGACGAGGUGAUAUAUGUGGAUACCUGAGAAGCAGCUCGCGACCUUAAUGCACGCAAACAAGACCAAGGCUAUGAAAUGUUUCUUCUAUGUGCUUUAGUCUAUUUCAUGUGCCUCUUUGACGGUUGAUUAGCCAAACGGAGUACUGAAGUUCAUAUCAUAGGCUAUUAUUAAACUGAAAAUCGUAUGAAAAUGUUAUAUAAUUUAUGUUUGAAAUUCUAACAUUGAAACGUUGUUUUAGUUAUUGCUCGAGGAUGCGAUCAAAGACUGUUGUAAUUCAGCCGGUUGUGUUACACAGCCCUCAGCCUCAGACCUAGCCAAUAUGUAGAUUAGUGGAGUGGACGUCCUGCACAAAACGCUAUGCCAGGCUCCGUUUUAAAGGAGCACAGCCCAGCGCUCUCGGCCUAAUGACUAAUGUCUCCCUGCUCCAGCGUGGCUCUGUGACCCAGUCACACGUCUAGGAUGAGCACGGAUCUAGAGCACAUGUCGCUCAACUCCUCCUCGGCCAACUCUGUGGCCUCGAGUGCCCGCACGCUGUCAGCCAACGUCAAGAAGCUGCACAACGCGCUCAACCUGCUGCUUAACGACUUGGAGCGGGAGCAGUUCAUUCACUGCCUCAACGUGUACCACUCCAAGCGUAAUGUCUACGACCUGGUUCAAACCCUCAAAGUCAUUCUCAAUGCGCCCAGCAAACGCCAACUUCUGCCCAUGCUACGGCUGGUCAUUCCCCGCUCCGACCAGCUUUUGUUUGACCAGUACACCUCGGAGGGCCUUUACUUGAAAUCGGAUUUACUUGCCAGAAAUGGGAGCGCCGAAGCGGUGGGCGAAGGUUCCAGUGCGAGUCCAACUCCCCCCGGAUCUCAGGUUGCGCUGCGCAGCUCUCCGGAUAGUUUCAGCACCUGCAGUGAUGGGACAGCUCCUCUCGUACCGCUGCUCGGGAGAAGCUUCCUGCACGAGCCUCCAGGAGAGGUCCGACAGGUGACCCUGAAACGGCACAAGAGCAACGAGGGCUUGGGUUUCAGUAUCCGCGGCGGCUCAGAGCACGGGGUCGGAAUCUAUGUGUCUCUGGUGGAGCCAGGAUCCCUGGCCGAGAAAGAGGGACUGAGGAUUGGGGAUCAGAUUAUGAAAGUCAACAGCACAGUGUUCGAUAAAGUCACGCACGCUGAAGCGGUGAAGGUGUUGAAGGGCAGUAAGAAGCUGUCCCUGUCGGUGCAGUCGGUGGGGCGUAUCCCAGGGGGUUAUGUCACUAACCAUGUGUACACCUGGGUGGACCCUCAGGGUCACAGUGUCCCCCCUCCCCCUGACCUCCCAGAGCACCGCAGUGCCACCCUGAGACGCACCGACAGCCAACGACGCAGCACCAUGCAGAUACUGCAGGAGGGAGAUGAGAAGAAGGUGAACCUGGUAUUGGACGAUGGCCGUUCACUAGGUCUGAUGAUCCGGGGUGGGGCAGAGUAUGCCUUGGGGAUCUACAUCACCGGAGUGGACUGGGGUUCUGCCGCAGAGUGUGGUGGACUUAAGGUGGGCGACCAGAUCCUGGAGGUGAACGGGUGCAGCUUCCUGGGUAUCCCCCACGACGAGGCGGUGCGGGUGCUCAAGUCAUCGCGCCACCUGAUAAUGACUGUGAAGGACGUGGGGCGCUUGCCACAUGCCAGGACAGUAGUGGGGGAGACCAAGUGGAUUGCCAGCUCCCAAAUCGCUGAGAGCUCUGCCAGCGGCAGUGUGGCUGGCUUGUCCAUGGACCAAGGAGCAUCAGGAAGGAUGGUGUUCUAUAAGGGUAUGGCUGGCUCCCAGGUGACCCUGUCCAGCCUGGUGAACCAGAGCAGAGCCAUGCUGGAGGAACAGGCCCGCCACCUGCUGACAGAGACAGAGAGGCAGACCAUGGGCUACUACGUGGAGGAGUACCAAGACGGACACAUAGGGGUGGAGCAGCUGGUCUUGGCCCUGUUUGAACUGCUCAACACACAUGCCAAGUUCGCCCUGCUAUCAGAGGUGCGUGGCCUGGUAACUCCCCAGGAUCUGGAGCGUUUCGAUGGGAUGGUGCUGCGCCACGAGAUCCAGGCUUUGGAGGCUCGGCAGGGGAGUGCCUGUGCGGCCGCUCUCCACUCUGACUCCAUCUCUAUGGUCUCCUACCCAGAUACCCUGGCCUCCUCGUCAACGAGCUACAUGACCUCCACCACCCUCAGUUCUGCACGGAAUGACAGUAUGGUGGACAGUAAUGGGGAGGAGUCUCAAGAGAGUCUGGAUGUACUGCCUGACGUCUCUCUGGAUGAGGUGCAUUCCACAUCCGAAUCUCCCCCCACCUUCAACCCCCCACCCCCCCCAGGGCUGCAGAGGCAUCCCAGCAGACGAGACCAGGUCAAAAAACGCCCUUCCUCCGAAUCCUCCUAUUCUGGACUCUACUUCACCGCCCCUGCCCAUAACCCACCCAAGGACCAGAGGGGGAACCAAGGGUCCCCCUGCUCACCCAAGGUCCACCUCCAAAAGGAUUUCUCCGUCCCCCAUAAGAGGGACCCCUCUGUCCCCCAUAAGAGGGACCCCUCCGUCCCCCAUAAGAGGGACCCCUCCGUCCCCCAUAAGAGGGACCCCUCUGUCCCCCAUAAGAAGGAGAUGGCAACUUCCAAGUUUUCCAUGGUCAACAAGCACGCCAUAGGCCCCUUCCCUAGAGUCCAGUCAUCUAUUAAGACCACCAAACCUGCCGCCCCCUCCCCAUAUCUACCCCCUCCCCCUCCACUCCCUGCCCCAUCCACACCCCCUCUCCUUCCACACAGCCCGGACAAGGCCUCCUCUGGCUCCAACAAACAGCACUUUGUCAUGGUGGAGGUCCACAGGCCCAAUGCAGAAUCUGACGUCAACAAGGUGCGGUCCCUGCCCCAGUCACGAGGUGCCACCCUGUCCCAGCUGUCAGACAGUGGACAGACACUGAGCGAGGACAGCGGGGUGGACAUUAGCGAGUCGGGGCGACUCAGCAGGGAAAGCAGUCCCCACAUACGCCCCCCACGAGACCUCAAGGGGGCACGUGGGGACAGCACCGCCAAACCGCCGGGUCUCUUGGAGCAUACCUCCACACUGGUGAGGGUGGCAAAGAGUGCCAGCACCCUGGGCAUCGCCAUCGAAGGGGGUGCCAACACUCGCCAGCCCCUGCCACGUAUCGUCACAAUACAGAGGGGCGGUUCGGCACACAACUGCGGGCAGCUGCAGGUGGGUCAGGUAAUCCUGGAGGUAAACGGGGUUUCCCUGAGGGGCCGGGAGCACAGGGACGCAGCGCGCCUCAUCGCUGAGGCUUUCAAGACCAAAGAGAGAGAACACGUGGACUUCCUGGUCACAGAGUUCAACGUGGCACUGUAGGAGGAAGUAAAGGAAGAAGAGAAGGAGAGAGAGACUCUUAUCAUGGAGGAAGGAGGGACAGGGGCUACAGAGCUGGAGAGGAUAGGGGGUGGCUGUGGGGGCAAAGCGGCAUAGUCCUACACACUGUUCUGUACAUGGGUUCAUCUACCAACCUUUAUCUGGUCACUUGGCCUCACCAUCCUCCAGCUUUAGCCCCAAAACAAGACACGGACACAGUUGCACUCUAAGUUGAGAAGUUCUGAUUUUCAUGGACUUUCACCAUCCUUGUGACCUUGGUUUUUAGGAUACUCCCUGCAGCAGUCAUCUCUCUGGACACCUUAUUGUAUGUGUUUAUGGCAAUCUCAUGUACUGUCACUAUAUCUGUGUUUUUCUAGUGGCUUCAUCCUGUGGAUCUCAAAUGGACAAUUGGACAAUGACGCCAUCAGCACUAGAGCUCUGGCAGAAGAUAUGCUCCUGAAGCGGUCCAUUAGUGGUCAGUUAGCGGUCAGUGUCUACUAACCUGCGUCAGUCUGAGAGACUAACAGCACACGCAAGAGACACAGGCUGUGUCGCAAAUAGCACCCUAUUCCAAUGUAGCGCACUACCCUUGACCAGAACCCUAUGUGCCCUGGUAAAUAGUAGUGCACUAAAUAGGGAAUAAGGUGGGACGCAAGCCAGCCUUCCAUCCAGCAGAUGGAAGAGGCAGGAGAAAACACCAUUUUCCAAUGACAGUUUGUUUUUGUAAAUGUACAAAUGUAGAUACUAUACAAUAUAUACAUAAAGAUAAUCUAUGAAUUAUAGAAACCUACUAUCUUACAUGCUUAAAAAGUAGAAUUCUUCAAAGUGUACUAUUAGGUCCCUUUUCUGCAAAUGUGGCCCCAAGUGAAGAGUAAUGGAGAUGAUUGUGUUUUAAUUGCCCUCUCUGGCAGUGCUAGUCAGCCGUACUAUUUGUGUUUACACAAGGGGCUUGCAGGGGCCUGCAUCACAUAGUAAUUACUAAGAGGUAGUAAUGAGGCAUUUGGGAAAGGAAACUGCUGCAGAAGCUCUCUCCGAUACACACUCCCAGAACACAUGUGGCCCAGCACACAGACACACAGGCAUGCCAUCUUACCACACAAACACACAAGCACACAAACAGGCAGAAGUCACGGUGGAUUGAUGGAGAGCUGAUGCUAAGAACUUGAAGAAGCACUUUAUCCAAUAAUUGAACAGGUAUGAGGAGCAAAUCAUGGCAAUCAGGAAGAGGAAAAGAGAAAUAGUGAGAGACGGAGAGACACAGAGAGACUCAGAGAGAAAGACAGACAGAGAGAGACAGAGAGACACAGAGAGAAAGACAGACAGAGAGAGACAGAGAGACACAGAGAGAAAGACAGACAGAGACAGAGAGACACAGAGAGACAGACAGAGAGAGAGAGACCAAUGAAAGAACUGAGAAGUGCAGUAGUUGUGGGGGAUUAUUUGUUUCCUCUAUGGGAGGGAGAGGGGGAAGAGAGAGUGAAGCGGUAUAUGUGCAAUUCAGGGGAGUUUUAGAAUUAUAGCGGAGAGAGAGAGAGAGACAGAGAGAGAGAGACAGACAGAGAAAGGGACCGAUAGAAGUUAUUGAUGUAGCAACAAUAACCAUCAAGUUUAAGUCAGGUUUCUCUUGAUGCCCAUUUACAUACAAGUGCUUUGUUCACCCCAUUCAGAUAAUAGAGAUUUUCCAUCAUUUCAAUCAUUGUAUAUUUAUGCAGCAUCCCAAAUGACACCCUUUUCCUAUAGUGCACUACUUUUGACCAGGACCGAUAGGGCUCUGGUAAAAUGAAGUGCACUAUAUAGAGAAUAGGGUGCCAUUUGGGAUGCAAUAGUAUUCUGUAUGCAUACUUAGGGUAUGAGACACAAUCAUGAGAAGACUGCCCUAUUCCCUGCCAAUGCCACCUCAAAUGCUUAACAUUCAGCGUGUGUGUGGGAGUGUGUGAGUGUGUCCUACUCCUAUCCACAAGGCAGUCACUAUUAAACACUGCUAUCUGGGAGGAAUUACAUAGCUUCAGAAAUGGUGGCUUUGUUCUCUGAGCCGUAUCUUUACACUGUGCAUAUGACACAGACAGCCCUUCAGAGAGAGGGAUGAGAGGAAGGUGUACUAUGUCUAACGUUGUUUCUACGUUGUUGCACUGGAGAUGGGCAGAGAAUGCAGAGCAAGGAUCAGAGAGCAAAAGAGGUUGACCUGAUGCAGGGGGAGGGAAAGACACACACACAUUACACAGGUUGACCUGAUGCAGGAGAGAGGGAAAGGCACACACACACACACACAUUGCACAGGUUGACCUGAUGCAGGAGAGAGGGAAAGGCACACACACACAUUACACAAAAACAAAUACUCACACACUGGUCAAUCCACGUUCUGCUUCUAACAUGCUCUGAGACGUUGCGUAAUGUCUACAGUGAACUUUCUUUUUGCACACACUGACUCAGGCAUGACUCCACACACACUGACUCAGGCAUGACUCCACACACACUGACUCAGGCAUGACUCCACACACAGGGACUCUUUCAAACACCGAUAACAUGUCUUGAAAUGUCCCAAACAAUCUUAGUAACACAUUAACUACACCACAUAAAUGUGAUUAUAUUAUAGAUAUACAGUCAGUUGUCUACUCUGAUGCCAAGCCAUUCAACCAUGCCCAAGCAUCCAACGUAAUUGUCUCCCCACGUCAUAUCAGGCUUUGAGGAAUUCAAUAAAGUUUUUUAAAAAAU